AUCCAGCAUAUCCCAUCGAGCAUAUCCCAUCGAGCAUAUCCUGUCGAGCAUAUCCCAUCGAGCAUCACAUCGAGCAUCCCGCCAGUCAUACCGAAAUGCGAUUCUAUCAAGUGUCCGCGCUCGUUGCGCUGGUUUCGGCCGUCGCUGCCAUCCCCAUCCAGAUCACCGAUCCGUCGACCCGCAGUGAGAUGCUGUGCGAGAACGCCAAGGCAGCCCAGACGCUGAAGGGCAUCCAGACGCAAAACAACAUUGCUGGUCAGACCUGCCAGGAAAGUGCCUGUCUCGGCGACGGGUCGUUGGGUCUAUGCAACAACGGCCAGCUGGUGCGAGUGGCCUGCCCCGGAGGCACCGAGUGCCAAGUGCUGCCACUCACGAACCGCUUUGGCGUCAGCAUCACCUGUGAGGCAGCCCAGGACACGCAGCUCCGGAUCCAGGACAACAUGGCAAACUGCAGCGGCUGAGCCGCGCCUCCUCUUCUUUCAACCGGUUGUUGGCCUUUGGCUGUUGUCAGCGACAAACGACGACAGCAAUCGCUACAGCGAUGGGUCGAUAAGACACCACUGACGAGCCGCCCAAUGAUUUCAAUCACAGCCCUGAAAAUAUGAAGAUUGUGGGGGGAGGGAGGGUGGUGUUCCAGCAAGCGCCGUCUGGAGCAUCGACAUUGCCGUCGCCUGGCGCACCGAAACCUCUGCAUCUUAAAGAGCUUACUCAUUUCCAAAUCGGAACACACGCAUUUGUGCAUGCCCAUGUCAGGCAAUACAUUUUACUCGGUCACGAA